CAACACUUAUCGGGAGAAAUUGAUACUAUUUUACAAAGCAAUAUAACACUUGAAUCAGAAAUAAAUAUAUAUAGACGAUUAUUAGAUAGUGAAACGAAUAGACUUACACAACAACCUGUUGAACAAAUUCUAUCACCUGAACCAACACCACCUUCAUUUGGUAGUGAACUUGGAAAAGUUUUUAAUAAAAAAAUUAAAAAAGGACCAAUUGCUAUCAAAGACUGUGCACCUGAUGGUAAAUGUAUAACAUUAGAAAAUAGUUCUAUGGAUAAAGAUGUUGAUGUAUCAAAUUGGACAUUAAAACGACGUGUUGAAGGUUCACCUGAAAUAUCCUAUAC